AUGACCGAACUCACACGUACCCUUCCGGCCUCGUGGUACUGCAAUGAGUCGCUUUACAACAUGGAGCGGCGUGCAGUCUUCGUCAAGUCUUGGUACUUGCUAGGACCGGUGACACGUUUUCAAGUUGUGGAUGAACAUGUAGAUUACGAGAUUGCACAAAACCCAAUCUAUGCUGUUCGAACCUCUGGAGAUACCCUCAACCCCACACCAGAGGAGCUGAAGGUCUUCUCCACUAAGACGGGCAAGGAGGUACAGAAAUACGUGACACCUACUGGUCUUCUUUUCUCAACUAUUGCAGACGAUGCGCCAAGCUUCCACGAGUUCUUUCCCGAGCUCGAGGAGCUUCUGGGUAAAGUCGAUUUCACUCGGCUUCCCUACCGCCGCAGCAUUAAGUACGAGGGUCGAUUCAAUUGGAAGACCAUGGUGGAUGGCUACCAAGAGUGUUUGCAUUGCCAAUACACCCACCCGUCAUUCUCGAUCUAUUACCCGCCUACAUUCUACACAGUUCGCAACAAGCACAAUUUCUCCCAGCACAUUGCAGACCCCAAAAAGCCUGAUGAUGGUCUCUUCUUGUACUUCUUCCCCAAUUGCACGCUGAAUGUCUAUGGUGGCGGCAUGUCCUCUUUCCGCGUGUGUCCUACUUCCGAUCCACACGUCACACGCAUGGAAUUCGACUACUACCACCUAGCUGAGGGUGAUGAGUUUGAAGAGUACUUCAAAUUCGUUCGACAGGUUGCAAUGGAGGACUUCGAGCUCUGCGAGAAGGCCCAGGAUAAUUUGGCUAAGGGAGUUUACCAUGAAGGUAUCCUGAAUCCCGAGAAGGAAAAUGGCGUUUCUUACUACCAGCAACGUGUGUUCCAAAUGGUGUGUGAGCAGCAUCGAGCGGAUCGCAAAGAGGCAAUCAAUGACCAGACAACACUGGAGGAACGGGCUGCGCCAUCCAUGGUGCAGAUGGCAGCAUAG